AUGUCCGAUCUUGUCUGGGAAGAAAGUGUUGCUCUCCAAGAAUAUAACACUUUUAACAUCAAAUCAAAUGCGCGAUAUCUUGUACGAAUCCGAAGCGCUAGCGAUCUUGCACAGCUGGUGACUUGGCCACGGUUUCAAAACAGUCGCCAAUUGAUCCUUGGAGGUGGUAGUAACAUGCUGUUCGCAAAUGAACAGUUUAAUGGAGUCAUUGUGAAAAAUGAAAUCAAGGGUAUUGAGGUGGUUUCAGAAAGUGAUAUACACACAUGCCUCCGUGUUGGUGGCGGGGUUGAAUGGGAUUCGCUGGUCGGAUAUUGCAUCGAUCAGGACCUCGGUGGUCUGGAGAACCUCUCUCUGAUCCCCGGGACAGUUGGAGCAGCACCUAUCCAGAACAUCGGUGCAUACGGGGCGGAGCUCGGCGAUGUGCUGCUAAGUGUGGAAGUGUGUGACUUUGGCACUGGCGACAUGACAACCAUGACAAAAGAGGAUUGCGCCCUGGGAUAUCGAGAUAGCAUCUUCAAGCAUACUCCAAAGGUGCUCAUGGUCUGCUUUAUUACGAUCAAGGUAACCAAGGCCCAGUUUUACCGUGUAAGGACCCAUUAUGCUUUGAUGCAGCAUGCUUUACAAGAGAAAGGAAUCACAGAACCAACGAUACGAUCAGUCAGUGAAGUAGUCUGUUUACUGCGUAGAAGGAAGCUACCUGAUCCAACAGUCUUAGGAAAUGCUGGAAGCUUUUUCAAAAAUGUCGUUGUCGACCAAUCGGUCCGAAAUACACUUACUCAGAUGUAUUCCGACAUUCCUUUAAUUUCAAAGUUGGACGGGCGAUGGAUCAUACCAACGGCAUGGCUGAUUGAGAAAUGUGGUUGGAAGGGAAACCGAACUGGAAGGACUGGGGUUUAUUCCGACCAUGCUCUUGUGCUUUUCAACCUCGGGGGAGCUCAGGGAAGCGAGAUUUGGUCUCUGGCAGAGAAGAUAUCACGAGAUAUACGGCUCAAAGUCGGGGUGUUAUUGACACCGGAAGUAAAUAUCGUCAAAUAA